AUGUUCACAAGUUCUAUCUCUUCAUUUAUUACCGACCAUCCAAUCCAUCACCACACUACGCCAAAUUCUCCUUGUGUCGCUUGCAACGUUGUGCAAUCUCACAUUCACUCACCACUAAUUAAAGCAUUGGCUCGCCCAGGUGGGGUGACCGUCAAAAGUCCCAUGGCACAAGCUAUGGAUGGUGAUCGCUAUGACUCUAGCACAUCAAGUGAUGAAGAGCGCAGUAAUAAUGUUGUACACCAUACGGAGGACGGAGAAGGUGAAGCAACCAGCGGCAUUGCAGCCAUGAGUCUAAGUUUCAUCAUCAAUGGAGAAUUGCAGCAGCAAUUGGACGACGACGACAGUAGCAGCAGUACUUGUGGCAGCUCUCGAGGAGGGUUCGAUCUGUCGUCCAUGCUCAACACUGUGUGCGCUAAGCCGGAGUGUUAUCGUACUAUUCGUGGUCCAAACGGUACAUUUUGCAAAUACCACAAACAAAGUCGUUUUUGUCGAGCUGAAAAUUGUACGAAAAGUGCAAAAACAGGUGGUUUUUGCAUUUCACACGGAGGUGGCAAACGUUGUGCGUAUCCAGAGUGCAAUAAGAGUGCAAAACAAGGUGGUCUUUGCAUCUCGCACGGCGGUGGCAAACGAUGCAGUGAAGCUGAAUGUACCAAGUCGGCACUUGUGGGUGGCUUUUGUUCUGCCCAUGGUGGUGGUCGAAAGUGCAACAUGCCUGACUGUACCAAAACGGCACUCUUGGGAGGAUUGUGUAUUGCACACGGUGGAGGCAAACGCUGUCAAGUCGGUAAUUGCUCUAAGAGUGCAGUGGGAGGCACAUUGUGUGUUUCACAUGGUGGAGGCAAACGCUGCCAAGCUGAAGGAUGCAACAAAGGAGCCGUUCGAAAUGGAGUUUGCAUUCGCCACGGAGCGAAGCGAAAAGCGGUACCUUAA